UUUCUAGAGGUCAUACUGUUUUCUAUCCUGCUCUAUUUGUACAAGAGGAGGAAUAUCAAGCAUAUAACCAUAGUGAUGCUGCUGGUGGCUCUGCUGGCCUCCCUGACUGUGAUCUCGGUGAAAGCUGUGUCUGGGAUGAUCACGGAGUCUAUAAAGGGAGAGGUCCAGCUCAUCUACCCCAUCUUCUACGUCAUGCUGGUGGUCAUGGUGGCCUCCUGUGCCUUCCAGAUAAAGUUCCUUAAUCAAGCCAUGAAGAUGUUUGAUGCCACGGAGGUCGUCCCCAUUAACUUUGUGUUCUUCACUGCCAGUGCCAUUACCGCAGGAAUAGUAUUCUACCAGGAAUUCCAGGGGUUGGCUUUGCUCAAUAUAUUAAUGUUUCUCUUUGGCUGUCUGCUCUCAUUCAUUGGAGUCUUCCUGAUAGCCAGAGACAGACCCAAGAUCAAGACUGAAAACGUAACCUUUAUAGCCAUGGGGAAAAUACCAGGGAGAAAAUGUAAAGACAAGGUCCAGCCGGAGGUGAAAAGCAACACAUACGGCUCUCUGGCAGCUAAACUCAUGUGUAACAAACCUGGUCCACAGGACGACUCCUAAUAUCAGCCACACCUGUCUGUCUGUGUACAGAGAUUACCUGUGUCAACACUACACUACACACACACCUGUCUCCUGGGUUGCCAGACUGAAUGGCUGACUAACAGGGACAAAGUGAGAGCACCGUCUCCAUACUGUAUUUCCAGCAGGAUUAUGGCUGCAUUAGCAAAAAAAAUCCCCAGAUUUUCCCAGAAAUCCUAGUUAGAAGAUACUAGGAAUCCCUGCUAUCUCGCUCCUGAUUCCAGGAUUUCUGGGAAAAACUUGGACAUCUUUGGGAAAGUUACAAUUAUCAGGGAAUUGAACUCUGGUGCUACAGAUACUGAAGAGACAUUUCAGGAUCCGACCCGAAUGCACUACAGACACCAAAUAAAACAUUAUUAUUUAAUUAUCAA